GUGUUGAGUCUAUGGGCAGUGUUGAGUCUAUGGUGCAGUGUUGAGUCUAUGGUGCAGUGUUGAGUCUAUGGUGCAGUGUUGAGUCUAUGGUGCAGUGUUGAGUCUAUGGGCAGUGUUGAGUCUAUGGUGCAGUGUUGAGUCUAUGGUGCAGUGUUGAGUCUAUGGUGCAGUGUUGAGUCUAUGGUGCAGUGUUGAGUCUAUGGUGCAGUGUUGAGUCUAUGGUGGAGUGUUGAGUCUAUGGUGCAGUGCUGAGUCUAUGGUGCAGUGCUGAGUCUAUGGUGCAGUGUUGAGUCUAUGGUGCAGUGUUGAGUCUAUGGUGCAGUGCUGAGUCUAUGGUGCAGUGUUGAGCCUAUGGUGCAGUGUUGAGUCUAUGGUGCAGUGUUGAGUCUUAUGAAGCAAUAAUCUUUAAAAUCAGAAAGUCCGGGUGGACCAUUGCAAAGCGUUCACAACACUCUCCCCUCACAGUUGCGCAUUUCUCGCUCAGCGAUGUCGCACGCCUCAGACCCUCCCAGGAUGUUCCAAAUUCUCCGCUACGCGGUGCCGCCGCCUCCGGCUCAGGAGACGCGCCUCGAAGCCUCUGGGCCGCUGCCCGAGACCUCCGCCUGCCCUGUGGUGGCCACCGGCGGUGACGGAUACGGUGACAGUGACGGUGACGGCGGCAGCGGUGACGGCCCCGGUAACGUCCCGACGCUUGUACGCAAGGUUCGGCAAAGGAGACGGAUGUCGCUGCACAGGAACGAGCGCGCUUUCCCCUUCCCCGACCGACCGUCCUCACGGCACGGAGCGUGCUCCGGACAGGCUUCCCGGCGGCGGUCUUGCCGGCGCCGCUUGCCGCCCCCCUCGCCGCGGCGUCACGGACGCAGCGCCGGCGUGGCGGCCGCUACCAGCCCGGACGUCCACGCGGGAACUACUUUAGCUCCGACGUGCCGAGUCCGCCGCGCCCGGAGGCGGUGCUUGCGAAGGGCAGCUUCGCGCCGCCCACAGAGUCGCUGCGUCCGACGCUUGAGGAGCCGCACCGUCCCCGCCUGGUGGAACAAGCAGCCGCAGCGCCGGCAGCAGCCAGCGCCACCCCCUCGGGGGGCCCUAGGGGGGGUGGGGCUCGGGGCUCGGGGCCAGCUACACGGACUCGCUCCCACGACGCUGCACUCCGCUAGCCGGGCGGCUCUCGCGCUCCCCUCACCGUCUUCUGCUUUGUCGCUAGUGACGCGUUGUGAGGUGCACGGUCUCACACUCACCUCGUUGUGUUGUUCACAGAGGGUCGACUUUGCCGCUAGUGACGCGUUGUGAGGUGCACGGUCUCACUCACCUUGUUGUGUUGUUCACAGAGGGUCGACUUUGUCACUAGUGGCGCGUUGUGAGGUGCACAGUCUCACACUCACCUCGUUGUGUUGUUCACAGAGGGUCGACUUUGCCGCUAGUGACGCGUUGUGAGGUGCACGGUCUCACUCACCUUGUUGUGUUGUUCACAGAGGGUCGACUUUGCCGCUAGUGACGCGUUGUGAGGUGCACGGUCUCACUCACCUUGUUGUGUUGUUCACAGAGGGUCGACUUUGUCACUAGUGGCGCGUUGUGAGGUGCACAGGCUCACACUCACCUCGUUGUGUUGUUCACAGAGGGUCGACUUUGUCGCUAGUGACGCGUUGUGAGGUGCUCGGUCUCACUCACCUUGUUGUGUUGUUCACAGAGGGUCGACUUUGUCGCUAGUGACGCGUUGUGAGGUGCACGGUCUCACUCACCUUGUUGUGUUGUUCACAGAGGGUCGACUUUGUCGCUAGUGACGCGUUGUGAGGUGCACAGUCUCACUCACCUUGUUGUGUUGUGACAGAGGGUCGACUUUGUCGCUAGUGGCGCGUUGUGAGGUGCACGGUCUCACUCACCUUGUUGUGUUGUUGACAGAGGGUCGACUUUGCCGCUAGUGACGCGUUGUGAGGUGCUCGGUCUCACUCACCUUGUUGUGUUGUUCACAGAGGGUCGACUUUGCCGCUAGUGACGCGUUGUGAGGUGCUCGGUCUCACUCACCUUGUUGUGUUGUUCAGAGGGUCGACUUUGCCGCUAGUGACGCGUUGUGAGGUGCUCAGUCACACUCACCUCGUUGUGUUGUUCACAGAGGGUCGACUUUGCCGCUAGUGGCUCGUGCGUUGCGGGGUUGAGGCACUAACGCGUGGGUGGGUGGAGGAGGAAACGGGUUCUCUAGUUUGCUGCGUUGAUGGUGUCGGCCAGUGACUCCACAACAACCAUCAGAUGUGUCACCUUCCCCUGGUUGGUUGCAUUGGACAUUCCACUUGAUUGGCUGUGAGAUGUACAGCAAGAGAAACAGUCGAAGCGGAUUGUGACCUCACCUCUCGGUGACUCCAGCUCCGUCGUUGAACCCAAAGUGUUCGCGAUGUUCGCCUGCGAUGAGACGCCAUAAAUGACGUCACGAGAUUUUGGAAGAUUUUUGACCCCCACUCCCCCCCCACUUUGUCACACGGCGUCACAAAAAGUCCGCCCCCCCUAAACAAAACAUGCUUCAAAUCGCUUUAAACGAUUGUCAUUGUGGUGCGUAUUCAGUGUGGCGCUGCACUCUGAUGUUGUAGG